AUGGAUAUUACAGUCACUUUCAACGAGCUUCUGAAGGAGCGCAAUGCGCCGGAAAUAAGGAAACGGGUCACCCUGAAUGCCAUAGAUGGCUUUUUGAAAGAGGCAUACCGAAUUAAUUCGCAUAUCACGAGUCUUCAUCGAGAACUUCAAGAUGUCAGACAAGCCUACCUCUCGACUGCGCAACCACGAAAGACAAAUACUCGGGCUGCUAAGAACCAAACCCGAGUACUAUCCGACCGAGAUCGAGAAGAAGUCGACGCCAAUGCGAAGCAAAUGAUUCGGGAGCUGAAUGCUGGCAUUCGCGCCCUUGAUGAGGCCGAACAAUUACGCCGUGAGACCGAAACAGCCAUGAUUCGCAAGAAAUAUAUAGGAGGCUUGGGCGCUCUGGGCUCGUGGGCUUCUGGUGGUAUGGUUAGUAGCAAAACCCAGGAGCACGAGGAAGCAGAAGCAAAGGCACGAGAUGUGGGCAUCCACCGAGACAGCAUUCUCUGGUUUUUAAGGCAACGGCUGGAAUUAUGCUGUCGUACACAACAGGAUAUGAUGGAGGCACGCCUGACACGAGAGAUGGAAAAGAGCCGCAGCAUGCUUUCGAGAGCUGGUAUCGCCGGAGACUUUGCGGAAUUUCCUCCUUCUGCCCGACGAGCCUCGCAGACAGCCCCUUCUGAAAAGAUCCCUAUGUCCGACGACGGUCAACUCCCGAGCCAGCAUCUUACGGAGGAGCAGAUUCAGAUGUUUGAGGAAGGAAAUCAAGAUAUGAUGAAGCAUUUCGAGAGUAGCUUGGACAAAGUCAGGACCGCUGAGAAGUCACUACUUGAGAUAUCUGAACUACAAUCGCUGCUUGUGAACAACCUUGCAACGCAGUCAGCCCAUAUCGAACAAUUAGUGUCAGAUUCGUUUUCGACAACGGAAAACGUUGGUGGGGGUAAUAAGGAACUUAAAAAAGCCACUCAGCGGGCAAGUCCAGCAAAGUAUACUUUCUUUGCGGCGGGAGGAUUGUGUGCGUUCCUUGUCGUUUGGGAUCUUAUAUUCUGA